AAAAUCAAAGCGCGAGCCCCCCCUCGUUCACACACCACUGGUGUUGCGCGUGGAGCACAACACAGAGAGCGGCUGCUUCACUCUCCUUCACUUCCGAUUAACUAAGAAAUAAAGUUAUCCAGAAUCAUAGACUUGAAACUUAUGGCAAAAUAUUUUAGUUAGGAACUGGUUUUGCUUCUGCGUUUACUUUUUUUUUUUUAAACUGAAUGACUUUGUGAAGCGAAAGAUGUCUGCGUGAAGUGAUUUUACGCACGCCACUGAAAUGGAUCACAGACUCUCCAGAGGAAGCUGGGUUCCAGUAACGGGACUGGUUAUAAGUCUGCUUCUGUGUGCGUGUGUAGUGGACCUGGUUCUAGCGCAAAUUCGCUACUCCAUCCCCGAGGAGCUGGAGCACGGAGCUUUCGUGGGAAACAUCGCCGAGGAUCUGGGCUUGGAUGUGGCCAAGUUGUCCGCUCGUCGCUUUCGCAUAGUCUCCGGUGCAAAGAAGCAAUAUUUAGAAGUCAACUUGGAGAACGGCAUUCUCUUCGUCAACGAAAAGAUAGACCGAGAGGAGCUGUGUGAACGAAGCCCGGGCUGUUUUCUACACUUACAAGUGGUUAUUGAGAACCCAUUAGAACUGUAUAGAGUGGAAGUGGAGAUUUUAGACGUGAAUGACAACUCCCCCAGUUUCCCGUGGAGCGAGUUCAAUCUAGACAUCACGGAGUCUGCGGCGCCCGGCUCCCGCUUCCCGUUGGAGAGCGCGCAGGACCAGGACGUCGGCACCAAUUCCCUGCGCUCGUACCAGCUGAGCGCGAACGAGCACUUCGUGCUAAAUAUUCAGACGCGCAACGACGGGAGCAAGUUCGCCGAGCUGGUGCUGGACACCCCACUGGACCGGGAGCAGCAGAAACGGCACGAAAUGGUCCUGACGGCGUACGACGGGGGCGCACCGGAACGCUCCGGGACGGCGCUGAUAACCAUCACGGUGUUGGACGCGAACGACAACGUGCCCGUGUUCGACCGCCCGGUGUACCGGGCGAGCCUGGUGGAGAACGCGCCCAGGGGGACGCUGGUGCUGAAGCUGAACGCCACGGACCUCGACGAGGGCUCCAACGGAGAAGUCACCUACGCGUUUAGCGGACACGCGCCGCUCAAGGUGCGCGAGCUGUUUAGCGUUGACCCGUACACGGGCGAAAUCCGAGUGAAGGGCACUGUGGACUAUGAGAAAGCCGGAGUAUACGAGCUGUAUGUGCAGGCAAAAGACAGGGGCCCCUCGGCUGUGGCGGUGCACGGUAAAGUGCUGGUGGACAUCCUGGACGUGAACGACAACGCGCCCGAGGUCAUCCUGACGUCCGUGUCCACUCCUGUCCAGGAGGAUGCGCCACCGGGCACGGUGAUCGCCGUGAUCAGCGUCAUGGAUCGGGACUCGGGAGAAAACGGCAACGUCGACUGCCAAAUCCCGAGCAACGUGCCCUUCCAGCUCCAUUCAUCCUUUAAAAACUAUUACACGCUGGUGACAAGCGAGUUUCUGGACAGGGAAGCGGUGUCUGAGUACAACAUCACUCUGACAGCGCGCGACCUGGGCUCCCCUGCGCUCUCCACCAGGAAAACCAUCCUCGUCCAAGUGUCUGACAUUAACGACAACCCCCCGCGCUUCUCGCAACCUUCCUAUACAGUCUAUGUGACCGAGAAUAACGCCCCGGGCGCUUCCAUUUGCUCUGUAACUGCAUUCGACCCCGAUUCUAACCAGAACGCCUAUCUGUCUUACUCUAUUCUCGAGGGUCAGAUUCAGGGCAUGCCCGUGUCUACUUAUGUUUCCAUCAACUCAGACAACGGCAACAUCUACGCAUUGCGCUCUUUUGAUUACGAGCAACUUCGGAACUUUCAGAUCCUGGUGCAGGCGCAGGACGCCGGCUUCCCCCCUCUCGCCAGCAACGUCACCGUGAACGUGUUCGUCUUGGACCAGAACGACAACGCGCCCCUCGUUGUGUCGCCUCUGCCCAAAAACGGCACCGUCGCCGCGGAGGUGGUUCCGCGCUCCGUGGACGCCGGGUAUCUGGUCACCAAAAUCACAGCGCUGGACGCGGACGCGGGGCAGAACUCGCGGCUGUCCUAUCAGGUGGUGCAGGCUACGGACCCGGGGCUGUUCAGCGUGGCCCUGUACACGGGCGAAAUCAGAACUAUUCGCCGACUGGUGGAAAAAGACGCAACCAGACACCGGCUGGUGAUUUUAGUCAAGGACAACGGGCAGCCGCCGCUCUCCGCCACCGUCUCUAUCGUCCUCACAGUGGUGGACAGCGUGCCCGAGUCGCUGUCCGAUUUCGGAGACCUCACACUCAGUCCGCAGCCCCCGUCGAACCUCGCUCUCUAUCUGAUCGUGUCACUGAGCACCAUAUCGUUCAUUUUCCUGGUGGCGAUCAUCGUGCUGGCGGCGGUGAAGUGUUAUAAGGACCGGGAGAGUCUGAGCGGCUACAACCUGCCGCCGCUCGCCUGUUGCUGCUGCGGGGGGUUUCAGCCCGAGCCGCCGCCGGAGGUCUUCAAAAAAUCCAACCUCAACUUGCAGAUUUCGUCGGCGGCCAAAGUGCCCACGAACUGCAUGGAGGUGAAUGGAAACAGCAGUCUCUCUCAGUCAUAUUGUUAUAAAGUGUGCCUGACUCCAGAAUCCGCCAAAAGUGACUUUAUGUUUCUGAAGCCAUGCAGCCCCGGCAGCACACCGAGGAACAACGAGGCGAAGAGCGCGGAUAACGCGUGGAACGCGCAAAGCCGGAGCGCGUCCGUGAACAACGGAGCAACGACUCCCAAUGAGCUGAAGCAGCCAAACACCGACUGGACUCUUACCAAGAACCAGAACUCCAUCAAAAGCUACAACUCUAUCAACAUGGACGGCACACUCAUGCGUAAAGCCAUGCAUGCAGACCCGGAAAACUACGUCACCUCCAUGGCACCGGGGCAGUACUGGACCUGGGGAACUCACAUGAGGGGCGUGAAAGAAUAUAAAAUGUCUCCUUCAACCAGUGGGGUCCCUUCUCGCCCGUGGACUCCUCGGUGCACACCUCCCCCGCAGCAGCAGCAGCCGUCCAUCCCGCCCCACCCCCACCCGCCUCCUGACUACCACCACAACGUGUACAUUCCCGGAACACCUUCGGGCUUCUGCACCCUGAGGCCCACAGCACAGCGGAGCGAGCUGGACGUCCACAACUCCUUCUCCACCUUUGGCAAGAAGCGGCGUCUUCAGAUGUCCCCCCAGGGAGAGGCUGCGAUUAUAAAUAAUGACUUGUACAACGACUGACUUUUAAUUGACUCCCUGGACGGAUUAUUAAAAUGAUGGAUAGCCUUAAAAUGAAAAAAAAGAGGACAAAACUAUUCAGUAGAAAAUUAAUGGACACAUGAUUUACAGGUGGUAUGAAAAAUGAAUGACGCUCCUCUCAGAGUAGGAGAAACAAUGAAUCAACUAUUCUGGCUAAAAUGCAAAUGGUAAAACAAGUUCAAUGGCUAUUUCUGUGACAUGGCGCUACAAUAUGAUCCACGUGUCCAUCUGCCUAUUAUUGUCAUUAUUAUUAUUAUUUAGACAAUCAAAGGAGAACAGCAGUUACACCCAAAAUAUUUAUAAAAGCAUUAGUGGACAAUAAUUUUUGCACAUCCAUUUAUAUUUUUUAAACGUUUCUUUCCUAACAGAGCUUGUGUGAAACAGUAUAAUUAUGUAUAUGCAAGCUGCAACAUACCACAGGUAAUUGUAAAGACGUGGGAUUUGUCCCACACAUGUACUGUAUACAUUUAUGAAAAUAAAAUAUUUUUUUCAUA